UGUUGGUUUACCUGCUAAAGCUAUGCAAUGGAGUAUUGAUACACUUAUGAGAAAAGAAAGUGUACAUUUAUCAGGAUUAAGGACUCAUAAAGAUGCAUGUCCUUAGUCGUGUUUCCUCUAGAAGACUGAAUAUGCUAAAAGAACAUACUUCUUCACGAGUUUCUGCUGUUGACUGUUUGACAAGAGGACUUCCUAAGAUGUAAAAUUUUUAAUGUUGCAGGCAGAAGUAAGGAAAAGGGAGGAAAAAGAAGCUGCAGAAGCUUUGAAGCGUGAACAGGAGCUUCGUGAAGCAAAGAGACAACAACAGAGGCUCAACUUUCUGCUAUCUCAAACUGAACUUUACGCUAUUUCAUGCAAAAUAAAUCAACUUUAUCCUCUGAGGCUGUGACUUUAGGUGAUGAAAUGACAAAUGACCAAGAAAUGUUGUUAAGUUCCAGUGAAGCUAGACCUGGAGAGGAAGAGGAUCCUGAAGAGGCUGAGCUGAGAAAAGAGGCCUUGAAAGCUGCACAGGAUGCAGUUUCAAAGCAGAAAAUGAUGACAAGUGCAUUUGAUAGUGAAUGUCUGAAGCUGCGGCAAGCUGCUGAAAUUGAACCCUCCCAGCAAGAUGCCGCAGCCGCUAACAUAGACUUAUUGCAUCCGUCAACCAUGCCUGUGGCAUCAACAGUACAGACACCAGACAUAUUCAAGGGUACUCUUAAAGAGUAUCAAUUGAAAGGCCUCCAGUGGCUUGUAAAUUGUUACGAGCAGGGUUUAAAUGGCAUUCUUGCUGAUGAGAUGGGUCUUGGCAAAACUAUCCAGGCCAUGGCUUUCUUGGCUCAUUUGGCAGAAGACAAGAAUAUAUGGGGUCCCUUUUUAGUUGUUGCUCCUGCAUCAGUCUUGAACAACUGGGCUGAUGAAAUUGGUCGUUUCUGCCCUGAUCUAAAAACUCUUCCAUAUUGGGGAGGGUUACAAGAGCGAAUGGUACUUCGGAAGAAUAUUAACCCAAAACGUCUAUAUCGACGGGUUUCUGUGCACAGAUAGGCGAAAUAGAUUCAAAAAGCUUGAAAAUGGAGGAAGAGAAGAUUUCCGAGUUCCGCUAAAUUUUCCUCUAUUCUUUCUUGGUAAACAAACUGUAACAACGCUAAGCACAUUGAAUUUCCUCUGGACAAAAACUUCUACUUAAAAGGGAAGAACAACUAAGUGUAGGAGAUGGAUUCAUUCACUGACCCCUGCGAUUUAUGAGGUAUUACUGUGUUCUGUUGUCUUUUAGAUGCAUGAUCUGCUUGAUAGUAAACUACAUGCAGCUCAUAUUAAGAGGGAAGAGAAUGAAUUUUUGCUUCCUCAAUAAACUAAGAAUUUUUUUCAGGUUACCCUUAUUUUGAUAGCGAUGGCCAAGAUAUUUCAUUUACUGAAAUUCAUAUACUUAUAAUGUAUAUAAUAAAAGGAGUGGACGAUAUAUAUUGGUUUUGGGCACAUUGAUGUAUUGUUCAUGAGGAAAAUGACUGCAAGAAGAUAUGAGUGAACUUCUUUAGGCAAAUAAUUAUCUUUUUAUAUUUAUGUAAUAAUGUGCUCUACUCUUCUCUGUAGUCUCAACCAACUAAGAUCCCUUAAGCAACGUAUGUCUCAUUCAUAUUUGUUAACGUCAA